GAGCUGGCAAUUCGUUUUGUUCUUCGCAAGCGAAUUAAAGAGCCCUGUUGCCUUCAACAAGAAGCGAUAUACCACUAAAGCAACGCCUUUACACGGAGUCAUCUGCUGGCAUGGCGAUGGCGUCCUAGAUGGAAAAAAACCCCCGAAAGACUGAAGUCAUUUACUGCAUCGUACCUGUCAACCCCUUGUCGGCGCUGCCUACCUUGUUACAGACCAAUUCAGACAUCAUUGGUCACCUCGUGCCCUUAGACAUCUCAACGUUCUGCCUACAAGGGAGAGAUACACAAACAAAUAGACAAAUUGUUUGUGCCCGUAUUAAAGCUGCAGUACGCCGUACGGACCUGCAAACUCAACUUCCCUGUACAAGAAUGCGGGCUGAACCAUAUGGGUUGACAGAUAUACUGUAUGGAUAUUUUUAAAGCCGUCCAGAAUCGUAUGCGCCAUUUCGAGCGUGGUGUGGCGUGCUGUUGACAAAUCAUUGGAUUGCCCGUUGGGUGCUCGGCAUCCUGGAAAGGAUGGCUCUCGUUAUCGGAAUGAUAAUUAAUCAGCCACGGUCAAUCAACUUCUGGAUGAAGUCCGACUUCUCUUCCACCAUCUCUCACAAUCACGCGUUCCAAUAAUCAAUCCAGCACCUGCACAAGAGCAGAUUUACCCGGAAUCUAUCGGCACCCCACAUGUGGUGGAGGAUUAAUGACAAUCAUUCUGCAUUAUACGACGAGAUGGCGCAACCAAAUCGCGAAUAGUCUUUGGAAAGAAGGCGCAAAAGUUAAACUGGUCUCAAGUAAAAGAUGGACUCGCUUUUGUUGAAGGCUACAAUCAUAUUGGCGUGCAUUCAAGGUACUUCUCAGACGUCCACUAAGAAAAACAAAAAUAAGUCAAAGAUUUGUGUUUUGAAAUCAAUUGUUGGUGUAACAAAUGAAGAGGCCAGCUUGUUUUGCAACUAUUCCACAAACUUGAAAAAAACAGUAAUCAGUUUGCUGAAAGUCAAUGGAUCAACGGAGAUGGACACAUUCUCUACAAAUUAUACCAUUAAAAUUGGUUCCAGUGGCCGCUUUAAGCUGGCUAGAGAUAGGAAAUCAGGACGGGCUUCGAUUAUAAUAAAACAACUUCGGUAUUCCGACAAUGGAAUAUACUUUUGUGAGGUUCAGGAAGAUCAUAACAAACUAACAGCACCCGGAGGAACACAACUUACAGUGGAAGGUGCUCCAGAGGUUAAACAACUCGCAAGAAGUAACCCCAAAGGGAUCGUGGAUCUCACCAAAUUGAUUUGCAAAGUGGAGGGGGUGCCCACACCGAACAUCACGUGGAUUGUUCCGGAUGGGUUCCCAAUGCCUCUGAAUGAGACGAAGCUGACCAGCAAAAAAUGGUUCAUCAGCACGUGCAUGCUCGAACAUCGGGGGGGUUUGCCACUUGGAACAUACACCUGCAGAGCACGCAACCAGUAUGGGGAAGCGAGCAAAGACAUUCGGCUGGCAGUGUCCGUGCCACGUGUCAAAGAUGCAUUAAGCAGCGACAGCAAAACCUUCAAGAUAAUGUCGAGUGUUGGAGCCAUUGUCGGUGGUGCGCUCGUUACGAUGGCGGCUGUCAUCUUCAUACGUCACAAAAGGCAAAGGAGCAUCUCCGAUGUUUCUGCUGGAGUAGCAACAUUCGAGACUACAGCUCAAGAUGCGGAGAACGUGGUGUAUGCCACCUUGAGCCACGACACAUCGGCCACAAAAGCCACUCCACCUUGCCACGACGAUGCUGUUGUGUAUGCAAGCAUCCUGAACCACUAGGGCUUGUCAAACAAGACAUCCGAAAAUGUUCAUCAAGCAUCCAUGGCAUUAAAAUGUGCGAAAACUAAGAUCUGCUCAUUCGGGUCGACUCGUCAUUCCAAAGACUAGACCCUGUUGUUCUAUGGGAGACGGAGAUUUUUUUUCAGUCACGCUUUGUGUGGAAUCCCAUUCCUUUGUCCAUUAUGGAUUCUGCGUCUGUUACAUUAAAAAAGACACAUCUUAAAACUCACCUAAUUGUACUAUUGGCUUUCCCGGUAACUUUAUAUUGGAACAUCUAUUUUUGUUGUCUGAUUGGAUUAUUCUGUAAUUAUUAUAAUUCACUGUAAUCAUAGUUUGUUCAUUUUAUUUGAAUUUCGAGAGGAGUCAUUGAUAUUGUUAAAAUAAGCUUUCUUUUUCACUUAGAUAUUAUCUAAACUUGUGCGUGUAGCUAUUUGUACUUACUCGUACGGCGCUUUGAGAUAGUUCAAGAUGAAAGGCGCUUCAUAAAAUAGCGGCUAAUUGUUUUUGAGGAAGCGGCUCAAGGAUCAGAGUGCUGAACUGCCAUCGCUUAUUUCCUGGGUUCCAAUCCAGGCUUUUGAUUAAAACAAGAUCUCGUAUUUAUUGGUUUAUGGUUUCAGCCCGGCCAGCAGUGACUGCAAAAAUAUGGGCGACAUUAAAUUUGGUUCCGCACUGCACAAGGCUAAACUGGUUUGGAAUGUGAUGAACAUUACCGUACUCUGAUACGCAACGUGACAACGCGCCCCUCUCUGCAGACCAGAGGUAACUUAAAAGAGUAUCAGAGAUUGCUGAUAUUCUUUUAUACUGGUGGCCAUCUGAGUAUUUCAGGUCUCGGAUGUGGAUGGAAGCGGUGCUGCUGUUGUCAGAGGGUCCAACAAGUGAGAUGCCUCCAUUGAAGUCAGCGUGCUUCGUAUUUGCAUUUCUAUUAAAUGUGUAUCUAUAUCAGUAAAAAAAAUGUUUCUUCCAGAUCACUUAAAUGCUCUGAUUCUUGUUCCGUUGCUCUGUUGGGUAGGUAAAGUUACACAACAGAGUUGUAUCCUUCAUCUUGAGUCAAGUUACUCAGUUCACAGACUAACUCAGAGGCAGCCAGACCUUCAAAGAUAAUAAAAAAGUGUCGCAAUUAUGAAAAUGCAUCUUCAACAAUAUGUAACAUAUAAUGCAGCUUUACAGUAACCUUAACGACCACAUGAAUGUAAUGUGUGUCGAGUACUAUGCAUAUUCUACUGGCGAGUCAGGUAACGAUUGAAAGGGAUUCUGAUGCUCAUUAAACUUGCUUCUCAAA